AUGUCAGCAUCCUUCGUUCUCGGCCCUCCCAAGGAGAGCGCCGGCUCUAUGUUUCUCAAAUCCCAGUUCCGUCAAGUCGCCAUCGUGACGGGUUCCACCAGCGGUCUUGGACUGGAUGCAUCUCGCCAGCUGCUGUCUUUGGGCCUAUCGGGCCUGAUGAUCGCUGUACGGUCAACAGAAAAGGGCGAGCAGAUUGCGUCCACGUUCCGCGCCCAGUACCCCAAGGUCAACAUCCAGGUCUGGUUCCUCGAAACGGAGUCGUAUGACUCUAUCCAGGCCUUUACUCACCGCGCCGACGCCGAGCUCUCCCGCCUGGACAUCGCCAUCCUCAACGCGGCCAUGCAGGUGCUCUACUUCACCACGGCCCCCACCACGGGACACGAGAAGCUGGUCCAGGUCAACUACCUCUCCACCAUGCUGCUUGCCGUCCUGCUCCUGCCGGUUCUCAAGGCCAAGUCGCCUCCGGGCAAGACCGGUCGGCUGACCGUCGUCAGCUCGGGCACGGUGCGCGGCGCCACGAUUUCGGGGCCCCGGGACGCGCCGGUCCUGCCCGCUCUCGACGACAAGUCGCGGCUCUGGAACCCCGUCGAGCGCUACGCCGUCAGCAAGCUGCUGGGCCAUCUAUUCAUGAUCAACCUGGUUGACUAUAUCAGCGCCGACCAUGUCGUCGUCAACCUCGUCGAUCCGGGACUGGUUAAGGGUACGAACUUGCAGCGCGGCGGACCACUGCUCUUGAGUGCUUUCUUUUACCGCUUCAAGGCUGUCUUCGGACGGACGGUGCCGGUGGGCGCGUCAACAUAUAUCGAUGCGGCGGUCGUCAAGGGGAAGGAGACGCAUGGUUGCUAUGUGGCGGACUGGAAGAUUUCACCGUUUGCUGCAUUUGUGUAUUCGCCCAAAGGAGAAGCGAUUCGAGAGCAGUUAUGGAAAGAGACGAUGGCAGAGUUUGAGUUUGCUGGAGUUCAAAAAAUACUGGACGACUUGAAGAACUGUGCAGCUCCUGGCCCUUUGGACAACGCGCCAGACUCGAGCAGGCGAGUGUCAGAAAUUGAAGGCCCUGAUGGAAAUGUUCCGUCUGGCAUGUAG